UCUGCGUUUCGACUUGUUUUCAAGUGUCAAAAUCUGACAAUGACCCAUAUAAUUUAAUUUUUAAGUAAAAUUAUUUGUUUGUAGGUUGUAAAAAAAAAAUGCCAACAUGCAAUAGUUGCUAUAAAUAAUUGGUGGUAUUUGUGCGUUGCAUGUCAAAGUUUUAGGCUCUUUAUAGUAUUGAUCAACAUAUUUUCGUGUAUCAAAUUUCUCGGAUAAUAUAAAAAAUUUGACACUUGCCUUUUCACGUUAGCCCGAACCUUUAAUUUUUCAAGAAUAUUCUUCUUGUCAGUUUGUUGUACAUCAUGGCAGAAAGAAGGGGAAUAUCACUGAGAUCAAGAAGUCCUUCUCCGGCAAGAAGUGCAGAUUUUAUACGUAACAAAGGACUGCCCAAGCCUGACAUGUCAUUCAAAGGGACAGGUAUUUUUAAGAAGAACGAAAGGCUGAGUUCCAGCACUGGUCAUCUUCGCAAGAGUAUAGGUACUCAGUCAUCUGCCAUGUUAAGUCAAUCUCUAAAGGAAGGCUCCGACUUGACAAUGAUUGAGGCGGAGUAUAUAAAGAAUCUUCAACAACAGAUCUACUUUCUGGAGCUGGAGGCUAACUAUUUACGUGACCAAGCAAACAAAGCCACAGUGAAGUACCCAAAGAUGACGGCAGAGGCUGAGAGGAUGUUGGCCAGACUCAAGGCAAUGGAGAAACAGAUGGGUGAAAUGCAGAUGGAACUGAAGCGUAGAAACAUGGUGAUCGAGAUGUCGCUGUCGGAAAAAGAACGCCUCACUCAACAGAUCAAAGAGGAGAAGGAUAAGCUGGCGAAGGAGAAGCGACUGUGGACCGAUGAGCUCGUCCAGUUGAAGAAGGCCAAGGACCGACUGGAGGUGGAGAUGGUGCGCAAAGACACACAGCUGCUGGAGGCCAAGUCGGAAAUCGAUAAAAGCGCCGCUGCUCUGUCCGGUGCCGAAGUGAGGAUAAGCUCGAUGAAAAAACAACUGCAAGAGGCUGUUGACCAGCUAGAGGAGAAUCAGUCGUCGGUGGAGGAGAAAACGUGCACCCUGGAGAUGGAGCGGAAGGAGCUGGAGGAGAAACUCUCCAUCACCUGUCUGUCCCUGGAGGAGAAGGACCGAGAGAAUCAGGAGUUGAGGGAUGAGCUGUCUGCAUUGCGCUACAAGUUCAAGGAUUUGGAGAUUAGUGUCCAGAAGCACCAGUUGACACAGGAGCGUGCGGAGGAGGAGAGGUCGAGACUUGAGAAGGAGAACGAACAGCUCCGUCACCAGGUCACCAAAUAUGCACAGCAGCUCGAUCGGGGCGACUCAUCCAAUACCCAGGGCAUGACCGAUUCCUCACCAAUGGAUGAACGACCACCAAACAAACCAAUCGAUCGCAGAUACUCUGACCCACUGUCGUUUAAUCAACGACAAUUGGACUGUCUCUUCAAGGAAUACAAACCUCUGGACAAGUCGAUGAAUUACCGAUGCUCCGAACACCAGUUGCUAGACAGUGGGUCGACCAGCUACAGCACGCAAGACGGCAGACCUUACGAACCGAACUCCAAAUCGCUGAAUCACCACAAAUCUGCGGAAGCCCGAUCAUUUGAUUACAGAUACAUGGAUUACAGAGUGUCGGACCGCCUGCCACCGACGACCAGCAGGUCGAUGAGCAGGUCAACCAAUCGCUCAAACGAGUCAGUCGAUAUACACGACAUACUGAGGAAACUGCAUGUGGAGAUCGACCACCUCAAGGAACAGAAGAAAAUAGAACAGAUGAAAGCACAGCACUACUUAGAGGAGAUGGCCCAGCACGAGUUGACUAAGAACUACCUUGGAGAUGCAGAUGAACACCGGCGCUCAAAAUCAAAGAUUGAGGAGCGUGACCGUGAGAUAUUAAAGGUACAACACAGCCUGCACUCUCUGGAGACACGGUUGAAGAACUGCGACUACCAGGCCGACAUGGAGCUCAGUCUGCAGAGUCAGAAGUGGGAGGAGUUUGGGCGGCUUGCAGAGAGCAUGCGCACGCUGUCGCACACAAUGGCCGCCCAGGCCCACUCACGUGCUACCACCACCGCGACUGCUUCCACCCUUAUACAGUACUGAACCACCACAGCCAGCCGCCGGUAUUACAGAGCAUCGAGCAGCGUGGAGGGACAAACUCCUCGAUUAGUGUGUUGAUGAUACUAGUGAAUUAGGUUUAUUUGCAACACAUUAUUCUAUAUAAUAUCAUUAUUAUAGUAAAUUUUUUAGUUAUUCUCGAAUAAUCGCUUCCAGUUUUAUAGACUAGUGUCAACAGUCUUAAAGCUAGAAUAGUGUGUUGAAGAUACUACUGAAUUUAGUUUUACUUGCAACACAUUAUUCGAUAUAAUAAUUUAGUAAAAUAUUACCAAGUAGAUUAUUUAUCCUAACAAAUGCUUUAGUUAUGUUAUUCUCGAAUUGCUUCCAGUUUCAUAGCCUAUUCAGUAGUGUCAAUUGAUUCGAACUUUGAAUAGUGUGUUGACGAUACUACUGAAUGUAGUUUACUUGCAACACAUUAUUCAAGAUAAUAAUUUAUUAAAAUUAUACCAAGUAGAAUAUUUAUAAUAACAAAUGUUUUUAGUUACGUUAUUCUCGAACCGCUUCCAACAGCAUACAGUACCGAGCACAGAGCCGGUUUAUCCUAGUAGCACAUUCUACGGGCCCCACACUUCAGGGGGCCCAACAGUGAUAUCUACAUUUCUGUUCCCCAGGUCAUUUUUCUCCUCUCCCCGAGGGGGUUGCAAAAUGUAUAUCCUGGGAAGGGAGAUCCGCUGUUAUUUGUGUUACAGGCCCCACGGAUCCUUAAACCAGCUUUGACUGAGCAGUGUAAAUGAACUUGGAUUACUGUGUCGAAGAUAGGUGUGAAUUUAGUUAAAUCAAAAUGUAGUUUAAUAUUUGAUAUAAUUAUUAAAAUAUUACCAAUUAGAAUAUUGAUUAAAAAAAUUAAAAAAUUGUUAUGUAAUUCUUCAACCACUACCUCUAUUAAUUAGUACUGCGAUUUUAAAUGAUGUAUUCUUAGUUUGUAGAAGACAAAAACUACAUAUAGUUUUCAAAUCUUCUGAUGAAUCCAUUUUAAAACUAGCGAGGAUCCUCAAUAUAUUAUUAGUAAAUUUUUCAAAGAUAUUGUUAUUCUGCUUCUUGUUUUAAUCGUAAGGCAAAAUAUAUUUUUGUUAUCAAUGUAAUAUUGUGUUGACAAAUAUUCCAUUCUCUGCCAAUUAAAGGCAUGUGCGUGGGGGUGUAUCAAAACAUUCCUAAUACUUGCAGAUUAAACAAUGUGCUGGGGUGUAUCAAAACAUUCCGAAUACCUGCCGAUUAAACAAUGUGCUGGGGUGUUUCAAAACAUUCCAAAUACCUGCCGAUUAAACAAUGUGCUGGGGUGUCAUUAAACAAACAUUCCUUUCUUUUCCUGUGCCUGCUGAUUAAACAAUGUGCUGGGGUGUCAUUAAACAAACAUUCCUUUCUUUUCCUAAUGGUCACUGAUUAAACUGCAUGGAUGUUUUACCACGAAAGGG